AUGGGGUCUUUCACCAUAUCUUUUGUGCUGUUUCUUACCCUUUUCAUUCAGGCAAGAGGAUUUGCAAAGAGUGGUUGUGAUCUUUUCCAGGGGAAUUGGGUUUAUGAUGAUGCAUACCCUCUAUAUGAAAACUCUCAGUGUCCCUUUAUAGAGAAAGAAUUUAAUUGCCAAAACAAUGGUAGACCUGAUAAAUUGUAUCUCAAGUAUAGAUGGCAACCCACUGGGUGCAACUUACCACGAUUCAACGGGAAAGAUUUCUUAAGAAGACAUAGAGGGAAGAGCAUCAUGUUUGUUGGGGACUCCUUGAGUUUGAAUCAAUGGCAAUCACUCACUUGCAUGCUUCACAUAGCUGUGCCACAAGCCCAAUACACCUUAGAGAAGACUGGACUUCUCUCCACUUUCACCUUCCCGGCCUAUGAUGUUAAGUUGAUGUUUUCACGCAAUGCACUUCUAGUGGACAUUGUUAGCCAAAGUAUUGGUCGAGUCCUGAAAUUAGAUUCAAUUGAAGCUGGCCAAACGUGGAAAGGAAUAGAUGUGUUGAUAUUUGACUCUUGGCAUUGGUGGCUUCACACAGGAAGAAAACAACCAUGGGACUUCAUACAAGAAGGGUAUCAUACAUUCAGAGACAUGGAUCGCUUGGUUGCAUAUGAGAAAGCAUUGAAUACAUGGGCCAAAUGGGUUAAUGACAAUGUUGACCAUACCAAAACAAGGGUAUUCUUCCAAGGAGUCUCUCCAGAUCAUCUCAAUGCUGAGGAAUGGGGAGAACCAGGAGCAAACUCCUGUGAAGGACAAACUAGGCCAGUAUUGGGAUUCAAGUACCCAGGAGGUCCACACCCAGCAGAGUUGGUUUUAGAGAAAGUGAUAGGAACCAUGGAAAAGCCUGUGUAUUUGCUCAACAUUACUACCCUAUCACAGAUGAGGAAAGAUGGCCACCCAUCUGUUUAUGGAUUUGGAGGACACAGAGGCAUGGAUUGCAGCCACUGGUGCCUAUCUGGUGUUCCUGAUACUUGGAAUGAGCUUUUAUAUGCUAUUCUCAUUCAAGAUUAA